UUUGACCAGUCCCUAAGUGAAUUGUUGUAAGUCAAGGACUACCUGUAUAGGUUUGAUGGAGUGUCUAGUUCUUCAACAGUGUCUUCCUUCCCUUCUACAGAACCUGCUGGAGUCAUGUGGCCCCUCUUCUGGGUGGGCAUACGGACCUAUGCUCCUUACGUCACCUUCCCUGUCGCCUUUGUGGUCGGGGUGGUGGGCUACAAUCUUGAGUGGUUCAUCCGGGGCAAGCCCCCGCCGCAGACCCCCGAGGACGAGAAAAGCAUUUCGGAACGACGGGAGGACCGUAAGCUCCAAGAGAGCGUUGGGAAAGACUUGACCCAAGUGGUCAGCUUGAAGGACAAGCUGGAAUUUGCUCCCAAAGCUGUUCUCAACCGGAACCGGCCCGAGAAGAAUUAAGGAACCUGGUUAAGCAGAUUUCUGCAGCUGCUGGGAUCCCACAGGAGAUGAAGACGGACUUCACAAAUCUUGAUAUUUGUUGUUGACUUCAGAAUCUCCACUCUUCCAUAAAAGGUUCUUUAUCCUCUACUGGAAUAUCUUCCAUCGUCAUGGCAGAAUCCCAGUUAAUGGAGACCCAAAAGAUCAGUUCACAUCCAAGGUGGGAUUGGACUCUUAAGGGGAUUGUCGCAAAGUACGUAGAUCUCUUUUAAGGGAAGAUCUCUUCUUCAAAUAGCUCAGAGACUUUUUGACUCUGGACAAGUGAAUGAAAAACGGUUCCUGUGUCUGCUGGAAACCUCCGUUCAAGUGGGACACACUCGGCUGGCUGCCAGAGGCCACUGUGGACCGUAUUUGCACUGUCCCCUCUCAGGAAAUUGUGUAUUUCUUUCCCUGGGAAUUUCUGUUGGGGAGUUUGUGCUGGUUUUUUGUUUUGUUUUUAAGAAUACCAACCCACUGCUGAAAUUAAAAGAUUUAAAUCAGUCUCUGUGUUUGGGGAGCUGUGCGUUUUAUACGGGAGAUGGCCGGUGGGAGAGGAUAAAUCUAUCUGCAGGUUGUAUUAGCUGUGCCUUUUGCAUGCAAACUGCUUAAAAGAGUUUCAUUUGUGUCUUAGGGGGUUCAUUAAUAAAAAGGAACGAAGGAGAAUUUUA